UCCGAAGUGGCGCCUAGCCAUGCGGGAAAGACCCUGGCCUAAUGCCGGCCUUAGCGGCCGCCUUAUAACGGUUCGUCUUAUAUCGCAAGUCGCUCGAAGUCUGCACGCGAAGGCUAGCUCGCAGGGCCGUAGCCGCCAUGUGAGCACGAAUCAUCAACGGUGGAAAAUAGAAACAAUUUGCGAAGAUGAAUUAUUGGGUCUCCCCAGAUCGCGAGUCGAAGCUGCUACGAAGUUUCUAGGGGUAGCUCCGGCCAGCAGUAGUGGCAAGUUCCACUUUCAGCGUUCCUCGCCUUCGUCUGAGCCUUCCGAUCGUGGGUUCAGAGAUCCAUGGGAGGUCCACAACCGUCCGAUUGCAGGUAGUUCCGUGUUUCGUUCACCGCUUCACUCGCUACAAACGAGUCCCCUUCAAGCGAGGACGUUCUCGAGCGGGCUCGGCGCGGCACAGGAGUUAGCGGCGCUAGAUUCAGGAUCGCGGGACGAAAGCGAACGAGCAGACGGAGAACGGAGCGCGGGGAAGGAUGCGCUCGAAAGAGCAGACGGGGAAAGAAGCGCGGGGAAUGGCGCGGCGGAAGAAGUGUCUGCCACGCCCCGCAGCGGAUCCGCAUCCUCGUUUGUAGCGUCCUCGACUGCACGGCAUUCCUUUCGUCGCGCCAUCCGGACUGGACCGUCGCUUUCGGAUUUCGUAAGGAGGGGAGGUGCAGGAGGCCAGCUGGGCAAUCGCGUUUCAGAUAGUGCGGCGGUAGCAGCAGAGUCAGACGCAGAAGUAAGAGCAGCAGCCAAGGGAGCAGUAAGAGCAGCGCGGAGGGUGGGAGGCGCGGAGAGAGACUCUAAGGAACCGGCUGAAUCGGCUCCUGAUCUCCCAUUACUCAAUCCCCAGCAACGCUCGGAUUCGUUACAAGCACAAAUGGACGGGUUCCAGACUAGCCUCCCACCCCAGUUUCACGAAUCUAGCCUCGAUAUUGUCACAAACUCGCUUCCAGAUAAGUUCACGGACCCCAGGGGAGUGUACCUCGAGUCGUACGGCUGCCAGAUGAACGUGAACGACCUGGAGGUGGUGCUAGGGAUCCUCAAAUCCGCAGGGUACCACGUGGCACGCGCUGAUAGGCCCGAGGAGGCGCGGGUGAUUCUGGUGAACACGUGUGCCAUCAGGGAUAAUGCGGAGGCGAAGGUGUGGCACAGGCUGAAUUACUUCAAGCACGUGAAGCGGAAGUGGAGAGAGAAAUUCGUGCAUUCUGCUAGUGCUGCUGCUGCUGCUGCUGCUGCUGCUGCCACUGCUAGUGCUGCAUCUGCUACAGGGUUACCACCUGGCUGGUUACCGCCUCCUCCCAAGGUGGCGGUGCUAGGGUGCAUGGCAGAGCGGCUCAAGGAGCAGCUGGUGGCGGGCGAUAGCAUGGUGGACGUGGUGUGCGGGCCGGACGCGUACAGGGACCUACCAAGGCUGCUAGACGAGGUUGAGGCAGGCCAGCCGGGAGUCAACACCCUCCUCUCCCUCGACGAAACCUACGCUGACGUGUCCCCGGUCCGAAUCGCUUCCAAUUCCAUCAGCGCUUUUGUGACUAUAAUGAGGGGGUGCGACAACAUGUGCUCCUACUGCAUAGUUCCCUUCACGAGGGGCAGGGAGCGCUCCCGGCCAAUCAGUAGCAUUCUGGGAGAGAUUGAGGUGCUUGCUGGGCAGGGUGUGAAAGAAAUUUAUCUUCUCGGGCAGAAUGUAAACAGCUACCGAGACACCUCGGAAGGUUCUACCUUUGGUCCAAUCAGCAACACUCUUUCGUCCUCUGCCCCCCCCUCCUCCUCCUCCUACUCCUCCUCCUCCUCCUCCUCCUCCUACUCCUCCUCCUCCUCCUCCUCCUCCUCCUCCUCCUCCUCCUCCUCCUCCUCCUCCUCCUCCUCCUCCUCCUCCUCCUCCUCCUCCUCCUCCUCCUCCUCCUCCUCCUCCUCCUCCUCCUCCUCCUCCUCCUCCUCCUCUCACCCGCACUUGACCCCUGGGUUUUCAACAAUCUACAAACCCAAGCUAGGAGGACUUAGAUUCGCCACACUCCUAGAUGAAGCAUCCAGGAACUUUCCGGACAUCCGCUUCCGAUUUACCUCCCCCCACCCCAAGGAUUUCCCCGAGGGGCUUCUUUCGCUCAUGGCUGCCCGGGGCAACGUGUGCAAAAGUUUGCACCUGCCCGCGCAGAGCGGCAGCAGCAGCGUGCUUGAGCGAAUGCGCAGGGGGUACACGAGGGAGGCGUAUCUGGCGCUGGUGGAGAGAGCCAGGGAGAUUCUGCCUGAUGUUGCCAUCAGCAGCGACUUUAUCACAGGCUUCUGUGGCGAGUCGGAGGAGGAGCACCAGGAGACCCUUUCUCUCAUGCGAGCAGUCGGCUACGACAUGGCUUACAUGUUCGCCUACUCGCUGCGGCCUCGCACCCACGCGCACCGGCGGCUGACUGACGAUGUGCUGGAGGAGGUGAAGCAGAGGCGGCUGAGGGAGCUGGUCGAAACGUUCAGAGAGACGACAGCGGCUCGAUACAGCGGUCAGGUUGGUUCCAAGCAGGUGGUGCUGGUGGAGGGCCCCAACAAGCGCGCUCCACUUUCAGAGAUGAUUGGCAAGACGGAUCUGGGCCACAGAGUCACCUUCCCCAGCUCGUUCCACCACCACUCUUCAGAUUCCGACGGGAAGCACGAGUGUUUCUCUCCUGAAAUGGCGGAUUGGGAUGGCAGAGGUGCUGGCAGGGGUUCAGGUGGAGGGGGGAAUGCUAACGUAGGUGACUAUGUCCUGGUGGAGAUCAUUGGUUCCACGCACGCUUCCUUACGAGGGGUGUUGUUAGGCAAGUGUGACAUCUCAGGGCGGCUUGUUUGGUGAUGAAUUAGUAAUGUCUUGCACUUGCGAUUGUGUUGCCAUUUCCACACUACCACUCCUGCCAGCUCCAUGGGACACACUUCCAUAAUGUGUGGUGCUGAGAAUGUGCAAGGUAACAA